AUGGCAACCUUGACGUCAUAGGGGCGCGCUUUGCGGCAGGGCGCGAGCGCUCGGCGCGACACUCGGUGGCGCUUUGCGGCAGUACCGGCGUGCGGAGCCAUGGCGGAGGAGGACCCGGCGGCGGCGGCGGCGGGGAGCGGCAGCGAGAGCGAGGAGGGGGAGGAUGGCGAGCGGCGGCACCGGCAGCUCCUGGAGGCCAUCAGCGCCUUGUCCGGACGGAAGCGGCGGAAGCUAGCGGAGCGCUCGGAGGCGAGCGGGCAGGUGUCUGAGUUCAAUGUUACCUGCAAAGGUGCUGGGGAAAAGCUGGUCCUGUCGGAGCUGCUGCAGCCCAUUCAUCCCAAGUCCACGCUGGGCAGUGUGAGGAAGGAGCUGGCCAGAGUGAAGCGGAAGGCGGCGGUGGAGCUGCCACUGAGCAAAGAGGAGGCCAAGAGGGUGGUGAGGGAGGCCGCCUACGUGACCACCUCGAAGGACGUGGGGAAGUGGCAGCAGGUGGUGCUGCAGAACCGGCGCGCGGAGCAGCUGGUGUUCCCCCUGCGGCAGGACAUCGCCACUGUCACCCCUCUGGAGAGAGUCACCUCGGCGUGGAAGGCCCGAACUCCACUGGAGCAGGAGAUCUUUGGAUUGCUCCACAAGACACAGCAACCCAUCACAGACCCGCUGCUGACACCUGAGGAGAUGGCCUCAGUGCAGGCCAUGAGCUUGGAGGAGGCCCGACGCCGGCGGGCAGAGCUGCAGAAGGCCCGGGCAGUGCAGUCCUACUAUGAGGCCAAGGCUCGGCGAGCAAAGCAGAUCAAGAGCAAGAAGUACCACCGCGUGCUCAAGAAGAGCCGGAGGCGCCAGGCCCUGAAGGAGUUCGAGCAGCUGCACAAAUCGGACCCUGCGGCCGCCUUGGCACGGCUGGAGGAGCUGGAGCAGCUCAGGAUGCAGGAGCGGAUGAGCCUUAAGCAUCAGAACAAAGGAAAAUGGGCUCGAUCCAGGGCCAUUAUGGCUAAGUAUGACCUCGAGGCCCGCAAGGCCAUGCAGGAGCAGCUGGCCAGGAACAAGGAGCUGAUGCAGAAGGUGCAGGUGGAGCCCCCCGAGGAGGAGCUGUGUGAGGUGCCCGAGGAGGACACCACAGCCUUGCCCAUGCCCAGCGGGGCUAAUCCCUGGAUGCUGGGCAAGCCCAGUGGCCUGGCCCCAGAGCCUGAGGCACAGGAGGGUCCAAGAGAUGACAUAGUGCCUGGUGCUGUGGAGAGCAAGGACGAGAUGGAGGAGGAGGAAGAGGAGCUGUCAGAAGAAGAAGCUCUGCUGCAAGACUUCGAGCAAAAGCGACGGGAGCGGGCAGGGAGCCCUGAGGGGCAGGGCAGAGACCAUGGUGCUGAUGAGACUGAGAUUGGUGGUGAGCAGCCCAGGGAGAGCCCAGUUCCCCCAGUCUGUGCUGAGGAGCUGGGGGACAGCCCAGUUCUCCCAGUCUGUGCUGAGGAGCUGGUGAGCACAGGGCCAGAGCCUCCCCCUCAGGCCCAGGAACAGCUCCUGCUCUCGGAGCAGCUGCGCCGCGUGCACACCAUGGAGGAUGUGGAGAGUCUGGCUAAGGACGAGCUUGUGGAAGAGCAGGAGAAGCUGGUAGCCCUGAGAGCAGGGAAGCGAGCACAGCAGCAGGAGGAAGGCAGAGCUGGGGACAGACAUACCAAGAAAGCACCGGCCAAAAGGAAGAUGAUCAGCUUGGAGGCUGUGCUGGAUGGGAAGCCCCAGGUGAUGGACUGCCCCAGCCUGCCUGUAGUCCUGGAGGAGGAGGAGGGUGGCAUCGAGCAGCGCGGGAUGAUCACGGAGGCCUUUGCUGGGGAUGAUGUGGUCGCUGAUUUCCGCCGGGAGAAGCGCAAGGCAGAGGAGGCGGGGAAGCCGCAGCCGGUGAACCUGGUGCUGCCAGGCUGGGGCGAGUGGGGCGGCACGGGCCUGAAACCCAGCGCCAGGAAGGUCAAGAGGUUCCUGAUCAAGCCGCCGCCGGUGCCUCCGCGGAAGGACCAGCACCUGCCCCACGUCAUCAUGAGUGAGAAGCGCAACAUCCACGCGGCAGCACAUCAGGUCAGCGAGCUGCCCUUCCCCUUCGAGCAGCACCAGCAGUUUGAGCAGAGCAUGCGGACGCCCGUGGGCCCCACGUGGAACACUCAGCGGGCCUUCCAGAAGCUGACAGCCCCUCGAGUCAUCACCCGCACUGGCCACAUCAUCCAGCCCAUCUCGGCUGAGGACGUCCCCGACACAGCCCCUGGCAGCGAGGCCAGGCUUGGGGGGGAGGCCAUGCCCAGGAGGAAGGCUGGGCCCGGGAAGAAGGCCGUGUUCAGGGGGAAGGCCGUGUCCGGGGAGAAGGCCGUGUCCAGGGGGAAGGCCGUGUCCAGGGGGAAGGCUGUGCCUGGGGAGAAGGCUGUGUCCAGGGGGAAGGCUGUGUCAAAGGGGAAGGCUGUGUCCAGGGGAAGGCUGUGCCUGGGGAGAAGGCAUAGCCCUGGUGCUGCAGAGCACGGUAGCUGUCUGCAGCCUGGGGGCUCAAACUGGAGUGAGUGGAGGAACCAGGAGCAGCAGCAGCAGCAGCUCCUGAUUCUGUCCAGUUCCUUCUACCUCUUUCUCUGCAAUAAAACCCAGGGCUGCCCUUCCUGUGCUGUCUGCAUGGCUGCCUUGGCAGUGUCCAGGGCUAGGUUGGGCCCUCCAUCCUCUCCUUGGGGUCCAUGCAGGGUCAGGUGCUUUGGCUGAGUUGAGGGCGAGAGCUUGGUCAGGAGUUCAUAGUGGGGCACAUCUAGGUGCAUGGUGAGGGACUGGAAUAGCUGCCAACAUCCUGUCCUUUGUCUUUUACAUCCCCAUUUUUGUACCUAUAUAGAUCUUUAAAUCUUGGCCAAAGGGGCUUUCUCCCCACCUUGUCAUGCUGAGCCUGGCCUCAGGAGUGUUUCUCAGAUCCCACCUGCACUCCCAAGGUACCUGCUCAGCCCUAAUAAACCUGAUCACCUGGCAAUGGCUCUGUCAGGUGCUUCUGCUGCUCUGCACGUCCUGGGAGCUGGCUCUGUCCACGGGCAGCCGCCACUCCUGCUGCCCAUCUGCAAGCCCUCAGAGUGUGACAGUGAGGUGCCUCUCAGGGGGUGGUUGGUGCAUUCAGCACAAUUGGAGGGAUGUGCCAGAGCCUUACGGACUGGGCAGGGACCCUCCAGGCCUCUCCCCUGACUUACAGCGUGGCCUGUGCUCAGCACCAGUUGGAGAAACACUUCCCGGCCCCAGCGCAGGAGCUGGAGCUGCUGCUGAUCCCAGGAAACGUCCCUCGUGUCAAGGACGCCUCCUCCCCCCUUGGCACUGCAGCCCGCCCUGGGCACGGGCUGUCCCCAGGGCCGCCCUUCUCCUCUGCCCUGGGUCAGAGCAGGAAACGGGGGUCGUGCUGUGGGGUCGGGGCGCAGGCACCGUCCGUGCUGGCUGCGGCUAUCCGAGACUCCCGCACGGCCCUUCCUAGGCUGGGAGGGGACUGGGAGCUGACGUGGGGCAGGUCUCGCAGCUUUGCCAGGGAC